AUGUUCCAAGAUACAUUACGAGUAGUUGUAUGUGGAGAUGAAUCCGUUGGGAAAUCAUCAUUAAUAACAUCAUUAAUUAAAGAAACAAUCAUUGAUACUCAACAAACAGUAUUGCCACCAAUAACUAUCUCCCGAUAUGAUUAUGUUGAGAGUUUUGAAGAAUUAGAAAACCCGCCACCAACCACAACCAAGCGAAGACAUAAACCCAAGAAAUCUAGUGAUCUAUUACUGAGAUUUCAAGAAUCAGGAACUACAGACAUUCUGAAAUAUAUUCCCAAUUUCACAACCAUUGUGGAUACUUCAUCAUCAGAUAUGGCUAAUUUACAAAAGGAAUUAAAACGAGCGGAUGUCAUUUGGUUAGUUUAUUCAGAUCAUUAUACAUAUGAACGUAUAUCUCUUCAUUGGGUGCCUAUGUUUAGAUCAAUGGGACUCAAUCUUCCCAUUAUUGUCUGUGCAAAUAAAUCAGACUCUACUACCACCAAUGGGACGCUGUCAAAAUCGACUAUGAACCAGAACUCAGAUGAAUUCAUUCCAUUAAUAAAUGAAUUCAAAGAAAUAGAAGCUUGCAUACGAUGUAGUUCCAAGAAUAACUAUAAUGUGGUGGAAGCAUUUUAUUUAUGUCAAAGGGCAGUCACUCAUCCAAUAUCCCCCGUAUUUGAUGCUAAGGAAGGAAAUCUUAAACCAGCCGCAAUUGCCGCAUUGAAGAGAAUAUUCUUUUUAAGUGAUACUGAUCAAGAUGGAUAUUUAAAUUUUAAUGAAUUAUCAAAAUUGCAUGAAAAAUGUUUUGAAGAACCAGUUACAGAAAUGGAAUAUGAAGAUAUUGUAAAUCAUUUAAAUCGAAAAAUCUUACCUGAUCAACUUUCUUCAAAUAUUGAUGGAAUUUCAGAAGAUGGGUUUAUACUCCUAAAUAGAAUGUAUGCUGAAGAAGGUAGACAUGAAACUAUUUGGUGUAUAUUAAGAGCAUUCAAUUAUACAAAUUCGUUAUCCUUAAGUGAUAAAUUCUUAUUCCCAUCACUUGAAGUUAAUCCCCAUUCAAGUGUUGAAUUAAGUCCUAGCGGAUAUAGAUUCUUUGUUGAUUUAUUUAUAAAAUUUGAUAAAGAUAAUGACGGGGGUUUAAAUGAAGAUGAAUUAAAUAAUUUAUUCAGACCUACUCCUGGGAUUCCUAAAUUAUGGGUGGAGACUCAAUUCCCAGCAUCGAUUGUUUGUAAUGAAGAAGGAUAUGUUACAUUACAAGGUUGGUUGGCACAAUGGAAUCUAACUACUUUUUUAAGUUAUAAAACCACAUUAGAAUAUUUGGGAUAUUUAGGAUUUGAUGAAGGUAGUUCAAUUAAGGCAUUAAAGAUAACAAAGCCAAGAAAGAAAAGACAAAGACAAGGGAAAUUUUAUCGAAAUUCAGUUAAUGAUCGAAAUGUAUUUAAUUGUUUUAUAUUAGGAGCUCCAAAAUCAGGGAAAAGUUCAUUACUUGAACUGUUUUUACACGAUUCAUAUAGUGAAAUAUAUUCACCUACAAUAAGACCAAGAUUAGUAGUUAAAGAUAUUGAAUUACGAGGUGGGAAACAAUGUUAUUUGAUCUUGGAAGAACUUGGAGAAUUAGAGUCGGCAAUUAUUGAAAACAAGACUAGAUUAGAUCAAUGUGAUGUCAUUUGUUAUGCCUAUGAUUCUUCUGAUCCCGAUUCAUUUCAAUAUUUGGUAGAUUUAAGAGAACAGCAUUCACAUCAAUUAGAUGAAAUACCAUCGGUAUUUGUGGCAUUGAAAGCGGAUCUUGAUAAACAACAACAAAGAUCAGAUGUUCAACCUGAGAAUUAUACAAGAGAUUUAUAUUUAAGUUCUCCGGUACAUAUUUCAUCUGCUUGGACUGCAUCACUUCAUGAAUUAUUUAUACAAUUAGUAGAUGCGGCUAAGAAUCCUUCAUCGGCUACUCCUGGAUUGGAAAAAGAACCUGAAGUUGAUCAGGAAAAGGUUAAGAAUAUGAUUAUGACGGGUGGUGCCAUUGCUGUUAUGGCAUUAGUUUCAGUAUGGAUGUUGAAUAGCAUGAGAAGAAGAUAG